AUGUCCAAGAAGUCAACAAGAAUUAAAGCAGGUUGGAUAUCAAACAUAACAGCAAAACUUGCUGCAAACCUUCAUAUUGAUGAAAUAGCAAGAAGUGGUGAAGAUUGGACUGAUGAUGCAAUAAAAAUUGAAGGUGUAAUUAAUCAAGCAUUUAAAUUAAAAAUUUAUACAACUGCAACAAGCUUCACCAAACGUUUAUUGGAAUUGGAACCAACACCUGAUGUUACUCAAUAG